CUUUUGCUCAUUUACCCACCUUCAUUUCGUCUUUAAAGUCAUUUGGAUUCAAAAAUACUGCAACGUUUGGAAAAUAAAGAGGUUCUCUCCUUGUACAGAAAAUGCCCACCGCGAAUUACAAUCAUAAUUAUUCCAGCAUAAACAACGAUGAUACAUAUUCAGCUGCCAAUAAUAACAGCAUAAACGCUGUUUUAACUGAGACAAGUUCUUUAUUUUUGACAGAAACAGUAGCUUCGUCGCUGUACAAUGAAGCAGAUAUUAUCUAUGAUGAAACACCUGGCGCCACAUUGAAAAGUGCGUCUAUCAACUUGGCCAAUACCAUUUUGGGAACGGGCAUGCUGGCAAUGCCUGCUGCUUUGGCUUGUGUUGGUAUCAUACCAGGUAUCAUAUUGAUCUUUUAUGCCGGAUUAACCUCAGCACUUGGGUUAUAUUUCUUGUCUCGAUGUGCAGAAAAAGUAGGGGGCAGAAAUACGUCAUUCUCUUCUUUAUCCAAAAUGACAUGGCCUCGGUUAGGCAUCUUUUUUGAUAUGGCUAUUGCUGUCAAAUGCUUUGGUGUGGCUGUUAGUUAUUUGAUUAUUCUGGGUGAUUUAAUGCCACAGGUAGUAAGAUCCUUCUUUGACCAGGCAGAGAAUAAUCAAUUACUUAUGGACAGAAAGUUUUGGAUCAGCUUAUUUAUGUUUACUAUGAUUGCACCACUCAGUUAUUUGCGAAGAUUGGAUUCAUUAAAGUAUACAAGUUUGAUUGCAUUGUUUGCAGUUGCUUACUUGGUAGUCAUUGUAGUCUACCAUUAUGUUUCUCCUAACUUUCCCGCGCCUCCUCCUGAAUCGAUCGAGUACGUUCAUUUCUCAACCAAGAUAUUUGGUCAGUUGCCCGUUUUCAUCUUUGCGUUUACCUGCCAUCAAAAUAUCUUUUCUGUAUAUAACGAAGUGAAGGAUAAUCGUGAAAAAUCAAUUGUAAAGGUUAUAUCAGGUUCUAUCGGUUCUGCGGCUGUUAUCUAUGAAGUAGUUGCUCUUCUUGGAUAUCUAAGUUUUGGUAAAGAUGUUUUGGGCAACAUUAUUCUAGAAUACCCUCAAACUUAUUUUGUCGCUUACGGACGCUUGGCCAUCGUCAUUCUCGUUAUUUUCAGCUAUCCAUUGCAAGCUCAUCCUUGUCGUGCUUCGAUCAAAAAGAUCCUCUUUGAUGAAGUCAAGUAUCGUGAACUUACUUCUUCUCAGCGCCGGAAGCGACAUGCUAUUGUCACCACAUGCAUCAUUAUUUUAAGUUUUUUGGUGUCUAUCAGCAUCAGUCAGUUAGAUUUGGUUUUAGCAUUUGUCGGAUCAACAGGAUCAACGACAAUAUCUUUCAUUUUACCUGGGUUAUUUUAUUGGAAGAUGUAUUCAGAAAAGAAAUGGCAUUGGAAGCGGAUGAUAGCUGUAUUCCUUGUCUUUUACGGCCUUUUGGUGAUGACGAUAUGCCUAACAUUCAACUUUAAGCGUUUAAUGACUUGAACAAUUGAUUGUUUUCGGAAAGUACAACUAUAUAGUCAUUAAUGUACAUGUAUAUUAUAUUCUAUAUGUGUAAACAAUAAUAACAACGUUUCAUAUUAGAAAUCCAUCUAUCAAUAGCACCUAGAUUUGAAAAAAAAAAACUAAUAUACCACUGAUAAAUAAUGAAAAAAAUUUGACAACAAUGAAAAAGCGUUUUUGUUCAUAAAAAGAUGAAUUUAUUACCAUAAGCCUACCCCCUAUAUAUAUCAUUUAUUACUGCUCAGUAACAAAAAAGCGUUAUUGAAAAAUAGACAACCAAUAAGUG